AUGUUUGAUGAGUUUGAGAUGACAGAUUUAGGUGAAAUGGCUUACUUUCUCGGGAUGCAUGUUUAUCAAAGCACAACUGGAAUUUUUGUUAAUCAAGAGAAGUAUGUAAUUGAAGUUCUAAGGAAAUUCAAUAUGGAGAAUUGCAAAUCAGUGGACAUUCCACUAGUUCCUAAUCAAAAGCUGUCAAAGGAUGAUGAUGCAGAAAGUGUUGAUAAAGGGCAGUAUAGGAGCUUGGUUGGCUGCUUGCUAUACCUAACAGCAACCAGACCUGAUAUCAUGUUUGCUACAAGUUUGCUGUCCAAGUUUAUGAAUCAGCCCAAGGAAACACACUUCAAAGCUGCAAAAAGAGUGCUAAGAUAUGUAAAAAGGAGCACCAACUUUGGAGUGUGGUUUAGGAGGUCAGAAAACUUUGGAUUAAUGGGAUUUUCUGAUAGUGAUUGGGGUGGUUCUAUGGAAGACAUGAAAAACACUUUAGGGUAUGCUUUCUUCCUGAAUUAUGGUGCAAUUUGA